AUGAACCUCACACGACAAGCUCUUCUAGUAGUAUGCGCACUGGCGGGGGCUACUGCUUUCAGCCCAGCUUCUUAUGGAGCAUCACCGAGUCAAAUGGACCGCAUUGCCAAGGAACAUGCUCGAUUUUCUCCGGUUCCCAUUGGCAUGGUGGACGACGACGAUGACAUUCUCAAUGGCGCAGACGAAGACAUUGAUUCUCCCCCGGAAGAAGAUUAUCUCGUCACGGCGGGGGAACUGGAAACGGAAGACGACGAUGUUGGACUCGAAGAUGACGGUGAACCUCCCGCAUGGUACACGUCCCAGCAGCGAAUGGAGGAACUCCGUAUCAAGCACCGUCGCCACGACAAGGACACUGGAUCACCUGAAUUCCAGGUUGCCGGAAUGACCGAACGCAUCGCUUACUUGACCAAGCAUUUGAAGCAACACCCCAAGGACUUUUCCACUCGACGUGGACUGGUCGCACUCGUCAACAAGCGUCGUCGUCUCUUGAAUUAUCUCGCCAGAGAAGAUGAAUCACGGUAUGUCGAAGUUGUUGCCAGUUUGGGCAUUCGUCACAAGGCACCUGGACGAGUUCCCGAUCGAGCCGAUGUAUACUCCAGAUUCCCAGGACAAAAGGCCGUCAAGAAACAUCUUCAAAAGAAAUAA